AUGAGGUGGUGUUUUGUGUUUUUGUUGUCUGUGCAUCUUGUUGUCGGUUCGAGAGUGAUUCUAGUGGAAAAUGCGCCAACGUGUUUCAAACGAGUUUUAGCGGGAAAGAGAGCGCUCCGAAGUCACGUACGAAGGGUUGUGGAUUGCGAACGUCUCGAAGACUGUAGACGAGAGUGUGCUACAGAAAGAAGAUUUCAUUGCGAGAGCUUUAACUAUAGAUUAGAUCCAACAUUUAGAGGCAAAGGCUUAUGCGAGCUGAUGACAAAACCAAUCGAAGCAUUCGACAUCCACCAGGACUUUGUAGAAGAUAAAGACUUCGAUUUCUACGAACUCGACCGAAAUAGCCUGGAACCUUACUGUCCAGAAACAUUAAGAGGACCAGGGCUUUUACAUUCUGGUUUUUUAUCCUCAAAAUCUAAGGGGCAAGAGCAAAAUAAUUGGAAAGAUAGAAUUGAUUAUUCCGAAACUGGCCACAAAAGCUAUAAUAGGUUCUACGAUGAGCGAAGGACGCAAUCACAUAAUAGACGCUACGAAGACCAAUUUUACGUUCCAUAUCAAAUAGGUAUUAAAACAAAACCAAAUGACGAUCGCGAAAAGUGGGGACAAUAUGGCGGCAGCUAUGGAGGAGUAGACAGUUAUUACAAAGAUAGAAAUGAUUACCGAGAUUCUGUUAGGCAUUGGAAAAUUUCUGAUCAACCACCAUACAGUCAUGGUGUCAAAACCUAUACUGAGGAUAGAGAUUUUGAUUAUCGCAGUCUUAGGACUAAUAGUGGGCAUGAUAACUAUGAAUAUGGAUAUGGUUCUUGGAAGAAGGGACAGUGGACUGGCUCCGGUAGUUUCUGGAAGGAUUUUGAUGCAAAUGAUUAUCAUCAUCACAAGCAUAGUUACGAAUUUGAAGGCAGAAGCGAGGAGUCGGCUAAAGAUUGUUCAUCUCGCCGUAGUCCCGGAAUGUCGCUAGGUUCUGGCUCCAUCAGACGCUCGUUGCUCGGGCAUACUGUCGUCGAGUGUGAAGCAGCAUGCUUUAAUGAGAGGGAAUUUAAAUGUGUAUCUUAUAGCUACAGAUAUUCUAGCCCACCGGGUUCCGACAACUGUUUCUUAAGCGAACGUCCAUACCAGGGGCUACAGAUGUCGGCAGAUAGUGGUUCUGAUGUUUACGCGAUGCCUAUACAUAAGGACUGCCUUACUAUUAGUAGUAAACCUUGGGUUGAAAGCGAGUGCUUCUGGCACGUGCGAUCUGGUGCAGCAGUGUCGGGUGUAGGGGUGCGCGCCGCUCUCACAGUGGCUGGGCUAGGAGCGUGCGAGGCAGAAUGCUUACGUGCAAAUGGCUUUUUUUGUAGAGGAUUCAGUUUUAGGUUCGAUCCACCAACAAUAGGUGAUGAUUUAGAAAAUUGUCUACUUACAUCAUCACCACCAACUUCACUCGAACUAAAUCAUGGUUUAAGACCAAGCAAGCACGAACUGUAUGCGAGAGGCAACUAUGGAAGAGGAUGUGAACCUGCGCUAUAUGACGACGUUAAGAAGGAACCACAGUGUUACCUCCAGUAUGAAAGCUCAGCAAAACUUUCCCCUAGUUCCAUUCGAGGUCAAGCUCGGGCUAAAGACGAGCGCGCGUGUGGCAAUGCCUGUACCGAUGCACCUUUUAGAUGCUUGAGCUUUUCUUUUAGUAAUAAUGCAUCACCAGACAAAGAAAACUGUCUUCUAUCAGAAAUCCGACUCUUCGAUCUUCAUAGAGGAGUUGAUUAUGUACAUUCUGAUGACGAUUUAUUGUUCUCCUUCGAUCUCUUCAAUGGCCAAUGUUGGAGAAAAGUUCAUGGAAAAGAGGAAUACGAUGUACCAACAUUAGAGUUACCUCACCCACUAUCAGCUCCAGCGAUUGAUGAAUAUCAUGGACCAGCUUCUGGACCCGAUUUACUUCCACCGCCAGAAAUCUAUAUACCCAGUUCAGGUUCAAGUGGAUCAGAUUUUUCAGGACCACCAAUUAAACCAUACAUCCAUGAAACCGGACCAGGCUAUAAACCGAGCUUUGAGCCAAGCGGCCCAGUAAAACCUAGUUACUUACCUGAAAGUGGCCCAGGAAUAAGUGGUCCGAGUGGGCCAAGUGGUCCAAACUUUCCAGAUUUUAAACCUCAUUCAAGGCCAGAUUAUAUUGAACCUGGUUAUAAACCAAGUUUCCUACGACCUUACAAACCAAGUUAUGACGGUUACAAACCUGAUGAUACAAGACCAGUUUUUAAACCAAAUGAUUACGGACCAGAUUAUAAGCCAGACCAUUUUAGACCGAGUUUCAAACCAGAUGAUUAUAGACCUGCCUUCAAACCAGAAGGGUAUGGGCCAGAUAAUUUCAGACCAGGUUACAAACCAGAUGUUAUUGGACCAAGUUAUAGACCAGAUUUGAGACCUAGUGGGCCUUAUUUACCUGGACCAAGCGGUCCAAGUGCCCCAAGCGGUCCCCCUAGUUUGAAACCUUCCUACGGUCCAAGACCAGAAUCAGACUUAGGCUUUAAGCCCAACAGACCAUCUAGACCAGGAGAUAGAGUAGAUGACGCUUUAUCAUUGUCAUGGCGUCAUUACACGGUGUCAGGGUUCCCGUGUAGGAAGGGAAGUGCGUGUGAACAAAACCUUGUAGCUGGACAUUGGGCGUGUGAGCCGGAGGGCGGUGAGAUUGGUUCAUGGGAUUACUGCUGCGCUCCGACACACAGAUGCGGAUAUAGUGAAGGCUUCCGUAAGCCUUGGUGUUACGUCGGCCCAUCUCCAGACCAAUGGCGACCUUGCAGCGAAAAAUAUUAUCCGUACCAUCAGCAUAAAGUGCCCCAUCCCUCUCUAGGAACACGAGAAGCAGUACGUCCGCGUCCAGUAGCUGUUGAUAAAAACCCAUCAGACCAUCCUAUAACAUAUUUAUCGGAAGCCGACAGACGUUAUUGGGAUGAUUUAUAUAAAAAUGGACCUAAAGCGUAUUACGAUAGAAAUGGAAAUCCUUUACCAGGCUACACCCGUGUACCAACAGAAGACAGACCACACAUCAAGUACCAAAGAAACCCUCCACCACCCGCAUCCGGUCACUGGGUCCCGGUGUCUGAGUCUGACGACGAGCCCGCUGGAGGGCUGGGCGUUCCUAGAUACUGGCCCGUAUCCUACUUACAUAAAGGCCCGCCUCCAAAUACGACAUACUUUAGAUACAGCGAAACCUCACCCACAACAGAAAAAUAUUAUACACGAACUACCCCACCUCGAGAACAAUUCGACUAUAAGCGUGUUGAUUUGAACAAACCAAUAGAAAACGAUAUAGAAAGUAGAUCUAUAGAUGACGAUGCACCAAGAACCGAAAAACGAAUUAAUAUUACUAGUGAUGAUGAUUUAGAUCUGACAGUGGACAAUACAACAACUAAUAAACCAGCAACAAAUGAAACAAACCAAAAUAUAACUGAGAAAGAAGAAACGCUUAAUAAUACUGAAAUACCUAUUCCUUCUCAGAUUGCUAGUAUCGAAGAAGACCACUUUGUAAAAGGCAUUGAUGGGAAAUUACAUGAUUUUACACAUUCUUUAGAAGUUUUUGACUUAGAUGAUAUUAAAGGUGAUAAGCCAUGCGAUAAAAAGACUUUGGAAGCAGAAGAAAGACAAAUUGAAGCUAUAGGACGCUUAAUAGCUUCACGGCGUGGUGGGAAACUUAUCGUUGAAAAACGAUCUCAGAAAGAUUUAGAAUCGAAAAGCAUAUCUCUUGAUAAGGACUUCAUAGAUUUUAAUUUUGGCAACCGUUUUCCAACUUCAGAGAGACGUGGUGUGGUUCAAAAGGUGUCUAAAGAUGAUAUUGAAAAAGAUAGAUUUUUAAACGACAAAAGCUUAGAAGUUAGUGAGACGACAUUCGUUAGACCACCUCGAGUUUUGAGCACGACAGAGAAUAUUAAGAAAGCUGUAGUAAAUGGCAAGGUGUUUUAUGAUGCAACGAUACGAGAUCAACGCGAGUUAUUUAAUAACACACGAAGAGGUAAAAACUUACGCUUAGAAGAAAACAGAGGACCUGUACCUAAUGGAAGUCCUAAAAAGAAGAAUAUCAGAACUCGUAACACUAACCCUAUAAGACGAGUCAGAAGAGUUUAUAGAAAGAGAUACAAUCCAGAAGAAGUGAGAAAGAGAUUGUUAGAAAGGGAGAAGAAUAAAACGGAAGUUAAAAGC